CCUCCGUUCAUCUACAUCCAGACGAGGUGUGAACAGCGCACAGCGCAGACGGACCAGAGUUGUUGCCUGGUGUGGAUUCACGGCGGGAGCGCACAACUCGCGGACUCUGUACAACGCAACUCCGGCACAGAUGGAUAUUUACGCAGCUCUGUCGUUGUUUUUCCUUUUCACCAAACCAGCUUUUGGUUUCGGAUCAGAUCAAGACUACCAGAUUGACAUAAUCAGCGAACUUGACCUGGCAAAUGCCACUUAUGGAAUUACCCAAGUGGCUGGACUUCACAACGGCAGCAAAGCCUUCCUGUUCCGAGAUGUUGGGAGGGCAGUUCACGCCCCACCACACAUCACAGAAAGAGUGGUGCAACUGUUCAGGAGUAAAAGUGAAUUCACCUUCUUGGCCACCAUCCAGCAGAAGUCCUCCACAUCGGGAGUCAUAUUCUCAAUCCACGAGUCAGAGCACAGCUACUUUGAGCUGGAAAGCAGCGGUGUGAGAGAGGAGAUCCGCUACCACUACCGCUUUAAGGGCAAACCACGAUCCGAGUCGUUCCCCUACCGGCUUGCUGACGGACAGUGGCACAAGAUCGCCCUCACCAUCAGCACUUCCCACCUCCUGCUGCACGUCGACUGCAACAGGAUUUACGAGCGGGUGAUAGACCCUCCUCAGAUGGAGCUCACCUUAGGCAGUGGAGUGUGGCUAGGCCAACACAGCCACAAACACGGCUUGUUCAAGGGAGUUAUUCAGGAUGUGAAGCUGAUCUUUGCUCCAAAUGGUUACAUCACACAGUGUCCAAAUCUCAAUCGCACCUGUCCCACCUGCAGCGAUUUCCUGAGCCUGGUGCAAGGCAUCAUGGACCUGCAGGAGCUCCUCGCCAAGAUGACCCUGAAGCUGAACUAUGCGGAGUCCAGACUGACGCAACUGGAGGGCUGUCACUGCGAGAGGACCUGCAGCGCCAACGGCCUGGUGUACCGGGACAAAGAGCUGUGGGUGGAACCGGAAAACUGCAGGAACUGUGGUUGUAAGAACGGUGUGGUGGAGUGUCGCAGGAUCUUUUGUCCUCCAGCAAAUUGCUCAGACGACAUGUUGCCUGUACAUGUUGAUGGGACUUGCUGUAAAACGUGCCGACCUAAGUGUACCUACAUGGGACAGACUUUUUCGGAGGGUCAACGCUUUCUUUCCAGGACUUGCAGGGAAUGCAAGAAUGGCUUGAUGGUGAAAGUUACAGAAACAUGUCCGGAGAUUAACUGCACCACUGGUGAGCAGAUCUUACCAGAGGGCAGAUGCUGCAAUGUUUGCAGAGGUUAUGACUUCUGCGCAGAGGGACUCAUUUGUGGAGAAAACUCGGAGUGUAAAAACAGGAAUACUAAAGCAGAGUGUGAAUGCAAGGGCGGCUAUGCCUCCAUCCAUGGGGACUCUACUUAUUGUGAAGAUAUCGAUGAGUGUGCAACACAGAUGCAUUACUGCCAGUCCAAUACGAUGUGUGUGAACCUGCCUGGAAGUUAUCGCUGUGACUGUCUUCUGGGUUUCACCAGAGUGGAUGAAUACUCCUGCACCGAACACGAUGAGUGUGCCAGCGGCCAAAGCUUGUGUGAUGAGAAUGCCAUCUGCACCAACACCAUCAGAGGACACCUGUGUACCUGCAAGCCAGGCUAUGUGGGGAAUGGCACCAUCUGCAGAGCUUUCUGUGAAGAUGGCUGUCGGAGUGGAGGGACUUGUGUGUCUCCAAACACGUGUGUUUGUCCUUCAGGAUUUACAGGACGCCGCUGUGAAACAGAUAUAGAUGAGUGUGCAGAGAGCCUGAUCGAGUGCCACAACCACUCCCGCUGUGUCAACCUACCCGGCUGGUACCACUGUGAAUGCAGAAGUGGUUUCCAUGACAAUGGAUCCUACCAGCUAGAUGGAAGCUCCUGCAUUGACAUUGAUGAGUGCACUUUGCAGACACACACCUGCUGGAAUGAUAGUGUGUGUGUAAACCUCCCAGGAGGCUAUGACUGCAUGUGCACAUCUGGUCCAGGCUGCAGUGGAAACUGCCCACAAGACGAAGUUAUAAGACACAACGGAGAAGACUGGAAACCCGUCUAUGAUCGCUGUGCUCUGUGCUCAUGCAAGGACGGACAGACGUUCUGCAGGAGGAAACCCUGUGACUGUGCAGACCCAGAUGAGGAUCUGUUUUGCUGUCCCAGCUGUGACAACCGGCCCAGCAGUCAGUGUCUGGACCAGAGUGGGCGAACACUGUACCGCAGUGGAGCGUCUUGGAUGUACGGUUGCCAGCAGUGUCGCUGCAUGGAGGGGGAGGUCGACUGCUGGCCUUUAAUCUGUCCCGUAUUAAUGUGCGAGUACACGGCAGUGGCAGAGGGUGAGUGUUGCCCGCGCUGCGUCACAGACCCCUGCUUGGCUGACAACCUGUCGUACGACAUUCGGCAGACGUGCACAGACCCCACAGGUGUCACUCGCCUCAGCGGGGACACAUGGCAUAUGCCCAAGUCGCCCUGCACUACCUGCAAGUGUAAGAACGGGAACGUUUGCUGCUCGGUGGAUCUCGACUGCCUUCAGAACAACUGAAACUCAUUCCUCCUCUUCUUCUCACUAUGGGACUGUCACACGGCCUCCUCCAUCAGACAACCUUCCCACUGGAUCCAUAAGACAGACUUGCGCACAAACAUGUGCAUGACAGUGAGUGCACAGGAAGCACACACUGGGCAGACUUUGGGUGUCGAAGCGGCGUCCUUUUGCCGCAACUCUGACUGCAAGCGAGUGUGUGAGACUCAAGAGAAGAUCUGAGGUCAUCGUCACACUAAGUGUUGUAUAUGUGUCUUUGUGUUUUUUUUUUUUUAUCCCUUAAUGUCUCAAGAAGAUGUGUACAAACUCUAACAAAGGUGGUCACAUUUCGGUGCUUCAUACAUCUGUACUUCUUAAAUAUUGGCUCACUCUGGAUCGGUCAUCUAAAGAAGAUAUCAAAAAAUGCGUUUCUUUGGCAGCAAAAAAAGAAAAUGGGUUCAUUACUGUUUUGUCUCUUUGAAAGAGCUGGUAGUUUUAAUAAAACCACAGAAUGUGAAGAAUUUAACCUUUAACUAAUGUGAUGUGAAAUCAGUUUCCAGUCCAACAUCAAGUUGCUCUUGUUGGUGAUUUUUCAAAUUUGAUAAAGGAUAUUUGCUCCCGUUUUAUGCAUAGAAAGUAACAUUUUUGUUAACAUUUAAUUAAAAAAAAAUUAAAAAUCAGAAUGUGGUAAUAAAAGCUUCAUCGUAAUUAUGAUUUGCUGUCUUGUCAUUUUAUCAUAAAAGUGACCACAACUUGUUUGUCAUAUAUUUAAUUUGAUGUCGUACCUUUCUCCUUGCUUUGCAGCUUCACUUGACUGUAUGAAAAUAAACUCAUUAAUAAAAGAGUACAAUAUCUUAAUGUUUAUAAAGCUGGAUAUUACCAACAUACGUUUUUGUUGUAAGUCUGCAGGUUUUUCGAUGAAAGUGGAAACACUUCCUUGGUGAUUUUUGGUCUAUUGAUGAUAGAGUUCUGCUUCCUUUAUAGGUUAGAAAAAUACCAAACACAGAAUAAACCACAUCCUUUGCAGUUUCCAGCCUCUGAACCAGGGCAUAUUUUUAAAAUGAUUUCUUCUGCAUCACUGUCAUCUCUCUAAUGAUGAUGAUGACCAGAUCCUAACAUUUAUCAACAGCACUCACGUUAUCAAUGCUGUGUGAUGUGUCACUACCACUUCUUGCAGGUCAGAACAAACACCAGCCCAAGCUGUUUAUUAAAUCAGUGCAUCUUAAUGAUGGGCUGGACUUCUGCUGCAUCUCCCAGGGCUCUGCAUCCUCAGUACCAUAUGCCACAAAGAAAAGCAGAGGGACAUAAAAAGUGGAAAAAAAAAAGAAAGCUGGUGAGGGGGAUAAGGGGGAUAAUUAAAGCCAUGUCACGCAGCCCUGGAUUUGAGUAUGCCAAGAGGUCACCAAGUGUUGAAUCUGUUUACAGACAGCCAGGCUUAAUAAGGCGGUACAGUCCUGUGAUUUCACUGCUACAGUUCUGACACCUCCAUGCUUUCCUGCUUCACUUCUGUGCUUCAAAGCCACUCUCCAAUGUCUUUGUGGAGAGUAAAUGUUCUGGUUGCAGUCUAAUCAAUUGCAGACCACCAGAGAUUCAAAUACAAACAUUGACUACAGAUGAAUUUCUCACUUUUCAAGUUUUUAUUUGUACAAAAGUUAAUUUGCAUUAUCUUAAUUGUUACAUGGAUUUGGAUCAUAUUUUGAAUUUACUGUUGAGCUACUUUGUGUUGACCUACCACAUAAAAUAGUGGCAAACUUUGAAGUUUGUGAUUGUAGUAUGAAAACAUAUGGAAAAGUUUAACAGGUGUGAAUAGUUUGACAAGGUACUGUAGAUGAAGAUGCAUUUUACUGAGAGUUGCUUGCACAAAUCAACUUCAUUGGCUUCUGCUAAUUGUCUGUAGUUACCGAAAAAUAACUGUUGUUCUGCAAUUCAACCACUAUUCAAGCCAUGCUUGUUUUGUUUUCCAGUAUGCCUUUUUGGAUAUCACCAGCAUGUGUGUCUCUUCCCACUAUUUCAUAACGCAAUUCACGAUGUAAAGAGGAAACUGUUUGUUGUGCAGAAAGCACAAACACGCACACAAGGUAAUGCAGUUAAUGUGAACGCUGUCUAUAUUAGUUAAAAGCAGAAAUUUGUACAAAAACUGAAUAAGAUUUCAAGAUUUCUCUGUUGACUGAUUUGAUAUAAAAUGACUGCUGUACUACACCUAUUUGUAAGUCUGUGUGUAAAUGUUUUACAUACUGACAAAAUACAAAAAAUAUUUUUGUGUUCAUAGACAAAUUGUGUCAGUUUAAGUUUAUUGAUUUUUCUUUUGGUGUACAAGUUCAGUUUUGCUGUAAAUACUGUGUAAAUGGACGGGGACUGUAAAAAAAAUGAUUAUGUGAAUAAUUCUCACUACCACAGCUUCUUAGGAUCUGAGUGUUGUAAGUUAAAUAAGAGAGAAGCAACAUUUCUAUUGUUUUUACUAUUUAUUUUUAUAUUCUUGCCUUAACCCUUUUUCGUAUUCAUUAGUUUGUCUUUUUCACUGUUUUAGGAUUUAAUUGUCUGAAUGUGUAUAUACAAAUACUUCAUUAAAACUCAACAGAAAUAUACUUUUGACAUAAUGAACAUGAACAUGCAGUUUUUUCAGGCAUCUUUUCCAGCUAUUAGGAAGAUGACAUGGACUUUUCCUUGAAUCAGUCUUUGUCUCCUCCCCCCCAACAUAUUUAUGUGUUCACUUGAACCACAAAAUUGAAUUGUAUACAUAUGUAAAAAAAGACCUCUUUGCUUGUUUUACUUGAUAUUAAGAAAUCAACAACGUGUUACUGCUUUUUUUUAUUUAUUUAUUCAUUUUUAAAGAAAGCAGUUCCAACUCUUCUAGCAAUUGAUGUGCUGUUUUUCAUAGAAGACCGCCAUAAAGAAAUCUACAGGUUUGGUCAUUGCCAGAUCAGAGUGCCCAAUGUAGUUUUACUCAAAGGGUUAAGUGUCAUUUAAAGACUGUGUUGUGAAAAGAAUUUGCUGUGAAUUAAUUCUCCUGUUAAUAAAUACUUAAGUUGCUUACUUUAA